GAGAAAGCCUCUUUCGCAGCGUGGUUAGCGUGUUGUGUGCGCUUGGCUGUUGUGGUGGUGGUGUUACGCAGGCAAUCGUCUUUUAAAGGCCUGAGCAAUGGCAAUUCCUGAUCAGGUAGUAAUGCGGAAGAUCAAGAAGCGCCAAAAGAACAGAAAAAAGUUAAGGGCUCUGAAGGAACUGGAGAGUGAAUGUCGACAUGACAAAAAAGUGGAGACAGAAAAGGAGGAAGAAGCAAAAAUGGUUGAAGAUGAACCCGAGGACCGACCUCAAGAUGAGCAUGCUGAAAAACACGAAGAAAAGGAUGGAAAGGCAGAUGCUACUGAGGCUGAAGAGGUCGAGCCAGAGGCAGAGCCAGAACCCUUACCAGGGACAAGCUUCGGAGUGUUAUCAGACACGCACUUCAGCUCCCUGCGUGGGAAGGUGUCUGAAGCCACACUGAAGGCAAUCGAGGGCAUGGGCUUUAAAAGGAUGACCGAGAUACAGGCCAAGACCAUUCCACACUUGCUGGAAGGAAAGGAUGUGGUGGCUGCUGCUAAAACAGGCAGUGGCAAAACACUGGCGUUUCUCAUCCCCGCCGUGGAACUCCUGUCCAAGCUGAAGUUCAUGCCUCGCAAUGGCACGGGGGCACUGGUGAUUGCACCAACACGGGAGCUGGCUAUGCAGACCUUUGGCGUGCUCCAGGAGCUGCUCUCCGGCCAGAACCAGACACUGGGACUCAUCAUGGGAGGCACCAACCGGCAGUCCGAGGCCAGCAAGUUGGCCAAGGGUGUCAACUUUCUCGUUGCUACGCCAGGCCGUUUGCUUGACCAUUUGCAGAAUUCUUCUGAAUUUGUGUACAAAAACCUACAAUGCCUCAUAAUUGACGAGGCUGAUCGCAUACUUGACAUUGGCUUUGAAGAGGAGGUGAAACAAAUCCUCAGAAUCUUGCCAAAGCGGAGACAGACAAUGCUAUUCAGUGCCACGCUGACAAAGAAGACCGAGGACCUCGUGAAAGUUGCACUCAAGAGUGAGCCUCUGUACAUUGGCGUGGACGAGAGUAAAGAUCAAGCUACAGUUGAAGGCCUUGAACAGGGCUAUGUGGUGUGCCCGUCAGACAAGCGGUUCUUGCUGCUUUUCACCUUCCUGAAGAAGAACAGAAAAAAGAAAGUGAUGGUGUUCUUCAGCUCGUGUCUCUCGGUCAAGUACCAUCAUGAGCUGCUGAAUUAUAUUGACUUGCCUGUCAUGAGCAUUCAUGGAAAGCAGAAGCAAGCCAAGCGGACGACCACAUUCUUCCAGUUCUGUAACGCGGAGUCUGGAAUUCUGCUUUGCACAGACGUUGCUGCUAGAGGCCUUGACAUUCCCGAGGUUGACUGGAUUGUGCAGUAUGACCCACCUGAUGACCCCAAGGAAUACAUCCAUCGGGUAGGCCGUACGGCAAGAGGCGAGGGUGGCCGUGGCCAUGCUCUCUUGAUCCUGCGACCAGAGGAGGUGGGCUUCCUGCGCUAUCUCAAGGUGGCCAAGGUGCCCCUGCAGGAGUUUGAGUUCUCCUGGGCAAAAAUUGCCAACAUUCAGCCUCAGUUGGAGAAGCUCAUUUCCAAGAACUACUACCUGCACAUGUCAGCCAAGGAGGCAUACAAGGCCUACGUGCGAGCCUAUGACUCGCACCACCUGAAAUCCAUCUUUGAUGUCAACACGCUGGACCUCAUUCAAGUGGCCAAGUCAUUUGGCUUCCUGGUGCCUCCAAAUGUUGACUUACACGUCGGCAGCAGCAAGGUGAGACCCAGGAAAAAGGGCCGAGCUGCCAACUACGGCUACGAAGGAGGACCACCCAAGAAACGUGAAAAGUCCGUAAUCUACAAGCCCGUCCCUGUUGGAACGGACAACAGGAACAGACAGUUCUCACGGUAACAACUGCAAGAUCCGCCACCACUCGUCAACUGUUGCACAGCUGAACCAUUAAAACCACAUUGUUAUUGUA